ACACUAGGUUUAGAGAAUCAUGGAGUGAUAGUCUCUAGCGGUGAGACCUGGAAAGAGCAGAGAUCCGUGGGUUUGUCCAUCCUAAGAGCUUUCGGGAUGGGCAAGAACAUUCUGGCUGAUAAAAUACAAGAAGAGGUUGUCUGUUACAUCAAUUAUCUAGCAAGUCUGCAGGGCAAACCCACAGAAAUCCGAGUUAUAACUAAUAUUAGUACGUCAAAUAUUAUUUGCUCCAUUCUGAUUGGUCAUAGAUUUGAGUACACUGACAAAGAAUUUCAAGAGCUCAUGCACAAACUGGAAGAACUUUUUGGCGACCAACAGAAUGUCAGUUUAGUCCACUUCUUCGUGUGGCUCAGACAUCUCCCUGGAGAUUUCUUCAAGGCAAAAAGGAUGACAGUAAACAUGAAAGCAAUAAUGGAUUCGCUAAAUAAGUUUCUUCUAGAGAAAAAACACACAGAAGACGCCAAUGAAGUCUGCACUCUAAUAGAUGCAUACAUUAUUGAAAGAAACAAAAAGUUGAAAGCUGGUAUUUCGACCACACUUAAUGAUCGGAACUUACUGAAGAUCAUGAUGGAUCUUUUUCUAGCUGGAACCGAAACGACAAGUACAACAAUCUACUGGUGUGUUCUGUACAUGCUCCACUACCCUGACGUUCAAAACAAAGUGCAUGAGGAAAUCAAAAGUCAGAUAGGAACCGAUCGAGCCCCAACCAUACAGGAUAAAACUAAACUAACAUACCUGCAUGCUGUCAUUAUGGAAACCCAACGGCUGGCGAGUAUUGUCCCACUUGCAGUCACCCACUUAUGUAGUGAAGAAGUAGCUUUGGGAGAGUAUGUUCUACCCAAAGGAACCUACAUCAUGCCCAACCUGGACUCUGUUCUCCACGACAAGACCAUCUGGGGAGAAGAUGCCAUGAGUUUCAGACCCGAACGCUUCAUUGACAACAACGGCAAACUUCAGGUUCCUGAACAGUUCAUCCCGUUCGGCAUUGGUCGUCGUGUGUGUCUUGGCGAGGCCCUGGCAAAGAUGGAACUGUUCCUCUUUCUGUCUUCCAUGUUCCAGAAGUUCCAGUUCCUCCCAUCAGCUUCGGUUCCUGAGCUCAGUUAUGUAAGCGGUAUUAUUGUGUCACCUAAGCAUUACGAUGUGAGGCUGUUAGAGAGAAAGUAA